CAAAGAAAGACAGAAUGGUUUAUCAUUUGAACAUGUGGAAGUUGUUAGCUCCUCUACCUACAAUUUCACUUUCACUUUGUACUACUUGGAUAACAAUUCCACCAAGCGGAUGAGGAAUGAGACCACUGUCCAAUCAAUCAAGUUACCAGAAGUUUCUUCCUCCCAUCCAAUCCUUACUUUGGAGAUUGAUCAAGCACUUGAAUUCCUUCCCUUCAAAUAUGAUGUACUGCAUAAAAUAUAUCCUUUUGGACAACAAUUUUGUGUUUGGUUAGAAGAAGGAAAAUUUUCAAGGAAAGUACUUAUGCCAGUAGUUGAUGGUACAAACACAGGUUCAAAGAGAGCAGUAUUGGGUAGUGAAUACUCUGCUUCAGCUUCUAGACAUGAAAACUUUUCAAAGAAGGAAGAACCUCCAAAAUGUGAUGCAGUUAAAAAUAAAAAUGCCCAGAGGACAGAUACUUGUACUGUGUUUGCUGUUAAUGGAAACACAGAUGAUUCAAGCACACCCUGUCCAAAAGAGAUUCCUGGAUGGAAUAUACCUAAUGAUGACAUAGUCAAACAAGAAGAUCCACCAGAUCCACCAGACAAUUCUGAAAGUAAAGACUGGAUUGGAUAUUUCUGGUAUUUUGUGACAGCCUUGCAUGCAUGUAUAUUUGGAGAAAAUUGGAAUUUUUUGCUGGUGAUUUAUUUGAAAAUUUCUGCUGUAUGUGCAUCCCAACACACUAUGGAAUUUUCUCCGGUAUCACAUUACGUUAUGUUAAAUCCGUGUGACAUGUGCCCACAAGUUCCAAAAUUGAAUUGUGCUCAAAAGGAAAAGGAAGUGUGUAUAUUAAACUAUGACAGAAAGAACUUGGUAUUGGCAUGCGUAUCAAACCUCUUGCUCUAUGAAGCCUGUCCAUAUUUUACAAAUUCCACGAAAAAUGGAAUUAACUACACAGCGGCUGUUUUUCAAGAUGUAAAUUCAAGGUGCACGAAUUGCUCUUCCUAUGAAUUGUGGGAUGUACAUAAUAAGAUACAGUGUCAAAAAUUGGAUUACUCUGAUGCUGCUAAAAAUUGUUCAAAAGACAUUAAUACAAGAUCAGACGGGACGCCUGAUAUAGGAAUGAUUUUUGUAGUGUGUGCUGUGGUGUUAGUAGUGAUUGUACUACUAGUCGGCACUGUUCUCUGUAUACGGAAUACCAGGAGAGGACAACAGUAUAUUAAUUUUCUGCCGUCCUUCUUGAGGCCAAGACAGAACGACCAACCAAAUGAUGUCACCUACAGAUCUGUACCAAUGGAAGGAAGAAAAUAAUGCCCUGAAGAAUUCUAGGCAAUCUAGUAUUGCAAAGCAUAGAACAGACGUGUUACACUUUUACAAACAUUAUUGGAAAUGGACAACACUAGAAAAACCACCUUGCACUUCUUUUAGCUGGCUUGAGCUGAAAGCUUUUCUGAUGACCGUUGUCUGCUUGUCAGUCCUCCUGAAAACUUUUUCACAUUUUCAACUCCUCAUGAACCACUGGACCAAACUUGGUAUGAAACAUUCUUAGGUAAAGGGAGUUUAAAUUGUGAAAAUGAAAGGCGGUCCUUUCAAGGGAAGAAAGUAAAGAAAAGAUGAAAGUAGGAUGGGGUCUUCUUCUCAAGAAGCAUCUCCAUAUGAGUGAAAAAUUCUUGAGAGAGACAUUAAACAACUUACAAUUAAUCAAUCUUCUCAAGAACCAUAAAUUGAAACUCAUGUGAAAGCUUCCUGAGGUAGUGUAGAUUCUAAAUUGUUCAAGUCAUGACCUUGGGGUAGAGAUAAGACACAAUAACAAACCAAAGUUAGACACUGAAUUAUAGUGAGACAAUUUUUCUCCUAAAAACUACUUGGCCAGAAAGACUGAAAUUUGUAUGGAAUUUUUCUAAGGUAGUAUACUAGAAUCUCGAUUGUUCAAAUUAUGAUUUCUGAGAGUAGAGUUGGGCCACAAUAAGUAUAACAUUGAAGGGGAAAAAUCUGGUGAAACAGCAGGGCCAAAAUUACUCAGGUGAGCAAUGAGGUCUGUGAGCCUCUUGUUUUUCAGAGUGAUCAGUUUUCUGUGGUGAUUAAAUUUGCAAUCAACAUAUGAAAUCAUCCCUAGAUAACACUGAAUCAAAACUUGCAAUACUUUUAUUUAAUUAGCUUUAUUAUUUGUAGAGAUUUGUGUAAUGCUGUUAAUGGUUGUUUGAAAAAAAUUUCAUACUAUAAAUGUUGCAUGUUAUCAAGUAGUUUUUUUAUGAGAAUUUGGAUAAAAUUUAGUUAUCCUUAGAUCAUUUUUAUCACAAAAUUUUCUUUUUAUCACUGGUUCCCUAAAAUAUUUUCGUUUUAUCCUACAUGGUAAAUUUAACAUAUUUUCCAUAGGUUCUUAAUUUUUGUAUGUAUGACAAAGUAAAUUGCUUUCUUAAAUUUUCUUAAAGAUUACAAUGCCUUUCUUCAGUAAAACCUUUGUAGUACAAAUCUGGUAAAGUCGAACGUCUGAGUUACUCAGAUGAGUAAUGUGGCCCAUGGGUCUUUUGUUAAAUUUUGUAAGCAUUCAUUUUAAAAUUGAUUUGGAGGCAUACAUUAGACACUUGAAGGCCUAUGAUUAUCAAACGUGUUCAGUUGAUACAUGUUGGGUUUUCAAACAACGUCAACUUAAAAGUACAUUUAGGUCACCUUGACCUAAUUUUUGACCUAUUGCCAUCCGUUUUCGUCCGUCAUCGUGCGACGUGCGUCGUGUUUUAACAUUUGAACAUUUUCAGAUUCUUCUCUGAAACUGACUGAACCAAUUUCAAUUAAACUUCGUAUUCAGCAUCUAUGGGGAAAGGGGAACAAAAAUUGUGAAAUUUAUGGUCCCCGCCCCCCUGGGGCCUGAGGGGUGGGACCAAAACCACUAAAAUUAUUGCAAUCUUUAAAAAUCUUCUUCUUUACUCCUGGACAUCAAGCAGGCAAACUGUUGGCAUGAAUGUAAUGAGCAUUGAGUCCUCUACCAAAAUUGUGAAAUUCAUGGACCCAGGGUCAGGGGUUCUAGUGCUAGGUUGGGGCUAUAUAGAUCAUAUAGUGAAAAUGCAUUAAUUAUUUGAAAGUUUUCUUCUCUGCUUCUGGGUAUUAAAUAAACUAACUAAAUACAUAGUUAUGUUGAGCCAGAGUGCCUCUUCCAAAAUUGUGAAUUUUUGGCCCCAGAGUCAGGGGUUCUGGUGUCAGGGUGGGGCUCUAUUGAUCAUAUACUUUAAAUCACUUUAUAUUCGCGAGAACUUUAUUUUUGCAUAAUUACGCGAGACAUUGAGCUUGCAAAAUGUCAUUCUCACAUAUAAAAGUAUUCCUUACGAUUAUAUAGAGGAAUAACAACUAUUCGUGAAAAUUAUGUCUCGCUUACUAAAAGUCAAUGACAAUCUCGCGAAAAUAAGGUAUCGCUAAAAUUUAGUGAUCUACAGAGGUGAAAAUACAUUAAUUCUUUGAAAAUCUUCUUUUCUGCUUUAGGGUUAAUUAAAUAAAUUUACUAAGUACAUAUUUAUGUUGAGCAUGCAAGAGUGCUUCUUCUAAAAUUGUGAAUUUUUUGGCCCCAGGGGUUCUGGUGUCAGGGCAGGGCUGUAUUGAUCAUACAGUGAAAAUGAAUUAAUUCUUUGAAAAUCUUCUUCUCUGCUCCUUGGUAUUAAAUAAACUAACUAAGCACAUAGUUUUGAUAAGAGAGAGUGCCUCUUCCAAUAUUGUGAAUCUUAUGGCCUCAGGGUCAGGGGUUCUGGUGUCAGGGCGGGGCUCUAUUGAUCAUAUAGUGAAAAUGCAUUGAUUUUUAAAUAUUGGUCAAAAUAUUGUGAUUUUCAGACGAAAAAUGGAAUAAAUUUAAUCAAGACUUAUUUGACAUAUCUUCAUUUUUUUGCAAAGUUUGUUUAAGGAAGGUGAAAGCCUUAUUCAUAAAGUAUAAAUUAAGACCUAUAUUAAUCAUAUACUCAAUAUCAUAAUGGAAAAUAUUCUCCAAGGAAAAGUAUGUGAGGCAAGAUAUUAAAUUUAAUAAAUGUGCAGAUUUGCAGAAUUAUCUGCUAAAUAUCCUUCCGCCUCAAGAAAUAGUCCCUCAAUAAAGCAAUUAAUCCUUAUCUUUGAAAUCUGAUCCUCAUGAUCAUCUGCAUUGUAUUAAAUUCGUCCAAAUGAGCUAAGGGCAAAAAAGGCGAAGGUGAACCGGCGAAAAAUUUCUUGCAUAGAGUAAAUAGCUCGUGGACAUCUAACAAGAAUUAAGCACCCAACCAUGUACCAAAUUUGUUGAAUGCUGCUCCUAAAAAUGUCAACUUGAUGGACUGAGUUUGUUAUGCAAUGUACAUAAAAGAUUCUAGAAUAUUAUACAUGUAUAUUCGUUUUACUCUUCUAAGGCUAAAUAAAGCAAAUAAAUAUACAAAUAUUAAUGUAUUGUACAAAACUACUGUGGUUUCAUGAAUAUUCGUUGAGCAACAUUUUUCGAGGAUUUCGUUGUUAAGCAGAUCCACUAAUUUAAAUAUUCUUUGUCCACGAAAUUAUGUUUCCUCGACAACGCUUUUUUCGAACGAAAAUUGAUGCCAACGAUAAUGAAUGAAACCACAUAUUAGAGGAUGACUAUGUUCGGUCCAUGACUGUAAACCAGCUUUUAUUCGCAAUUUAGCGAUGGAAAACUACUGGUAGUUGGAGACGAUUUAUUUUCACGAUCAAGUCUUUUUUGAUCUACUGUUAAUAGACAUAGAGACCAUUUUGCGGCGAUAAAUAUUUACGAUAGCGAUGCUCUUGCAAAAACAAUUUUUCCUCAAGCGAAUAAAAGUUGAUUUACAGAUUGUUUUAUGAUUUAUAACUUCUUUAUAUUUUAUAGAUGUGAUUUUGUAAAUUGUUUGAAGAA